GUGUUCCCACCAUGGCUUUGCGCGCAGCCCUCGUUGCGAUUUUGCCAGCCUUGGCAGCGGCGGAGAAAUAUGCUGUCAUCGCAGCCGGCUCAGCAGGCUUCAUGAAUUACCGCCACCAAGCUGAUGCCUGCCACGCGUAUCAGUUGAUGCUGAAGAGCGGUGUGCCAGCAGACAACAUCAUUCUCAUGAUGCAGGACGAUGUGGCGAAGAGCUCUGAGAACCCCUUCCCCGGCCAGUUGUUCAACAAGCCGGGCAAUGAUUCCCCUGAUGUGUACAAGGGAUGCAAAAUCGACUACUCUGGAGACAUUGUGACUGGCAAGCUGUUCAUGGAUGUCCUCACGGGCAACAGCCAUAGUGCCAAGGGCAAGGUUCUCAAGAGCGGACCCAGCGACACCGUCUUCGUCAACUUUGUGGACCAUGGAGGCCCUGGCAUUAUCGCGUUUCCCAACGGCCCGGUUCUCACGGUGAAGGAGCUGACCAAGACCCUGAAGACCAUGCAGAGCAAGAACAUGUUCAAGCAGAUGGUCUUCUACAUGGAAGCAUGCGAGAGUGGUUCCAUGUUCCCCAAGCUCAAGAAGGACAGCAAGAUCCUGGCUGUGACGGCUUCAAACGGGAAGGAGUCCUCGUGGGGAACCUACUGCGGCGAUGCGGCCGUUGUGAAGGGCAAGAACGUGGGCUCCUGCUUGGGAGACCUUUUCUCCGUGAACUGGAUGGAGGACGACGAUCUCGGCAAGUUUUCCUCCGAGACCUUCUCGACCCAAAUCGCAAAGGUGAAGAAGUUGACCAACAAGAGCCACGUGUGCAGCUUCGGCGACAAGUCCUUCGUGGAUGAGAAAAUUGGCGACGUUGAGUUGUCAGGAGCCCUCUCCGCCAGCCAGUCUGACUCUGCGCAGGGCGCCGUGGAUGCUCGCGAUGUGUAUGUGACGCAGGCCAUGUGGGCGUGGCAGAACGCACCGGAUGCCGAGUCAAAGGAGAAGGCCUGGAAACGCCUCGUGGGUGUCGUGGCAGACCGCGAGGCUGAUGAGGAGCUCUUCGUGGGACUUGCGGCUGCAGCUUGCUCUGAUGUGAACCCUGGCAACAUGAUCGAAUGUCAGCAGAAGUUCUUGAACGACCGUACCGAGAUUGAGGAUAUGGAUUGCCAUCAUGAACUGGCUCAUGCCGUGCACGAGCACUGCCCGGCUUCGAAUUUCCACCAUGCAGCUGGCGGAUGGAACGGCUUCAACAUGAAGUUCGCACAGGUGCUGCUGAACAUGUGUGAGGGCAAGGAAGUCCUGGGGAAGUCGACGGAGCAGCUUGUGGACCUUGUCCACGAGCACUGCGUGAAGGCCUCGCGCAGCCGCGCGGAGACCCAAAUUGUUGUGUAA